UCUCUCUCCUUUCUCCCUCCUUUCUCUCUUUCUCUCUCUGCUGCCACUCAACACACAAGUCCUACCCAUCCCUGGCUCACUGUACUCCCACACGCACACACGCACAAACACACACACACACACACACACACACACACACAUUCCUAAAGUAUUUGUUCCACUUUUUUGUUGCCCUGGAACUUUUUCAGUUUGCCUUCAUGGAGGACUACCACAAGCCAGACCAGCAGACCGUCCAGGCUCUGAGAAACAUCGCUAUCCGCCUCAGGAUCAACUCCAUCAAGGCCACCACUGCGGCUGGCACUGGGUACCCCACGUCAUGCUGCAGCGUGGCGGAGAUCAUGUCGGUGCUGUUCUUCCACACCAUGAAGUACCGCCCGGAAGACCCCCGCUACAUCAACAACGACCGCUUCAUCCUGUCCAAGGGCCACGCCGCCCCAGCCUUGUACUCCAUGUGGACGGAGACCGGCUUCAUCAAGGAGAGCGAGCUUCUGACCCUGUGCCAGGUGGACUCUGCUCUGGAGAGCCACCCUACUCCUGUAAGAGUAGUCCCACGUACCAGGCAGCAGUUUGUGGAUGUUGCCACAGGAUCUUUGGGGCAGGGCCUUGGAGUGGCCUGCGGAAUGGCUUACACAGCAAAGUACUUUGACAAAGCCAGCUAUAAUGUGUACUGCCUGCUGGGGGAUGGUGAGCUGUCAGAGGGCUCGGUGUGGGAGGCCAUGUCCUUCGCCUCAUACUACCAGCUGGACAACCUGGUGGCUAUCCUGGACAUCAACCGGCUGGGCCAGAGUGAGCCCGCCCCCCUGCAACACCACCUGGACAAAUACCAGAAGCGCUGCGAAGCUUUUGGGUGGCACACCAUCAUCGUGGACGGCCACAGUGUGGAGGAGCUGUGCAAGGCGCUGAGCCAGGCACGCCACCAGCCCACUGCCAUCCUGGCCAAGACGGUCAAAGGCAAAGGCAUCCCAGCUGCGGAGGACAAGAUGGGCUGGCACGCCAAGCCGCUGUCCAAGGACAUGGCGGAGGUGGUGGUGAAGGAGCUGCAGGGCCGCCUGGUGAACAGCAGCAAGCGGCUGUACCCGGCGGCGCCCACCGAGGACUCGCCUCCCGUCAGCCUGAGGAACGUGCGCAUGCCCAGCGCCCCCGGCUACAAGGCCGGCGAGAAGGUGUCCACCCGUAAGGCGUACGGGACGGCCAUCGCCAAGCUGGGCCGCUACAACGAGCGCGUGGUGGCGCUGGACGGAGACACCAACAACCUCACCUACUCGGAGAUCUUCAAGAACGAGCACCCCAACCGCUUUGUCGAGUGCUACAUCGCCCAGCAGAACAUGGUCAGUGUUGCCAUGGGCUGUGCGGCCCGGGACCGCAACAUUGUGUUCGCCAGCACCCUGGCCUCCUUCUUCACCAGGGCCUACGACCAGCUUCGCAUGGCCGCCAUCUCAGAGAGCAACAUCAACCUGUGUGGCUCACACUGCGGCGUCUCUACUGGAGAGGAUGGCCCAUCCCAGAUGGGACUUGAGGAUAUGUCCAUGUUCAGGGCUCUCCCCACAGCCACCGUGUUCUACCCCAGUGACGCUGUGUCCACUGAGAAGGCAGUGGAGUUGGCUGCCAUCACUAAGGGAGUCUGCUACAUCCGAACCAGCCGUCCAGAGAAUCCCAUCAUUUACAACAGCAAUGAGGACUUCCAUGUUGGACAGUCCAAGGUGGUGUACCAGAGCAAGGACGACCAGGUCACUGUGGUGGCUGCUGGGGUCACCCUGCAUGAAGCACUGGCUGCAGCCGAACACCUGAAGAAAGAGAGGAUCUAUGUCAGGGUGAUCGACCCCUUCACCAUCAAACCCCUGGACGCCAAAACCAUCAUCGACCACACCCGCGCCACCAAGGGCCGCAUCAUCACCGUGGAGGACCACUACUACGAAGGGGGUCUCGGCGAGGCCGUGGCCGCAGCGGUGGUCAACGAGUCCAACUUCAGCCUGCAGCGCCUGGCGGUGUCCCACACCCCCCGCAGCGGCAAGCCCCACGAGCUGCUCAAGCUCUACGGCAUCGACCGCGACGCCAUCGUCCUGGCCAUCCGCAAGAUGCUGAACAACUCUGCCAACGCCAAGUAACUCUCUCACCCCCCCACCGUCCCGUCCCGUCCCCGUCCGCGAUCUCCACCAUCGCCAUCGCCAUUGCCUCCCCCCCCCCCACACUUCAACCACACACAGGGUGUGUGUCUUCAAUUCACACACAAGGGGCCCUAUCUCUCAGGGGCCGUACACGCCUGUGAAUGCCCAACUACGUGUUAAUCUAAUGUAAUGUGAGUUUGUGUCGUACAACUUUUGAUGUGUUCCACAGUCCACUUUCUUUUAUCCGGUCCACUUUUCUUCCACUACACACAGAGCACUGCCUGUUUCCAAUAUUUCUCAUCCCUGUUUUUUGUCAUUCAUCUCCACCAUUUCAGGUUCUGCUCAGCUGAAGUAUUGGCUCAACAUAUUUACUGUACUCAUUGAAUGGGAUUUUAAGAUUUUGAUCAUGCCACCUUACUGGAAUCUGUUUUAUAACUUUUAUAAUACUCUUAGGUCAAGGUGGGGCCUAUCGUCAUCCAUUAGAUCAUCAUGCAUCUAAUGUUACAUGACUGCUGUCUCUCGGAAUGAAAUGGAAUCGAUGUUUGUAGAAUUUAGUCUUGAAAAUAAAAAGUCAAAUGUAGAUGUAGCCAUACAAAUCUAUCCUGUUCAACCCAUAUUUCAAAGCCCACUGCCCAUACUUACCGGUUAACCCUUUAGUUAGCAAAUAUCUGCUGUCAUUUCUAAAACUGUUUUAUUACGUUUCAAAUAAACAAACCAUUCGACUCAGAUCUGUCGUACAACCUAUUCAGUUUGACCCUUCAGUUAUGACGUUUGUAUGGUAGUUGGUGACAAAGUCAUAGGGGGAGGAUGGUUUUAUUCAUCACAGCUAUCUGGCACAAUAACACCUUGUUUUGAGUGAGAUGUUGUCUGUACCUUGCUUUCAUGUAAUAAAGCCUUCUACAUUUGAUUUUAAGAA